CUGGCCUGCCUCGCUGGAAUGGACGGUAUAGAUGGGCACAAGCUGAAUGUACACGGGAUUGUACGGCGGCGAGACUCACAUGUACGCCACCGACGCUCAAAGGGAACAAAAGCUCACCCCCCUCGUCUUCGGUGAUGAUAAAUCGAAGCGGGCAGAGGUGCUCUGCCCGCUUUCUUAUCCGGGCGAGUUCUGAAGUUGACGCAGGUUUCCAGGAGCCGUUGAUCUCGUUCCAUUGACCUAAAAGGAGCAGUUUUUUCUUACUAAAGCUCCGUUUUUUAUAAGUUUUCUGGUGAGCGGAUUCGUGUUGUUUGGGUGGGGGAAGGCGGGGAGUGUUAUAAAUAGUUUUUUUCGCAAGUAUUUUGUUGUGAGCAUCCGGUGUGGCUCAAUUCUUUAGUUAUUUAUUUAUUUUUUGGUGAUUUUGUGUACGAUUUGGCGGUUGGAAGGGGAAUCGUUUGCCCUGUGAAGCUGCAUUGUUAGUUCUCGAAUAAAUAUAGUGUAGGACGUGAAGAGAUGGAAUUGAUUUGGUUUGGGGAAGGAGAUUGAGUGGGAAAGAGAGGACUUUGUUUGUUUGGUUGAUGUUGAUCGGGAGCUGAAGUUGCUAUGAAUUCGUGCGGAAACAUUCUGGUUUCCGGGGAUGUGCAAACCGGAGAUGCCGCCGCGUAGAUCUGAGCUCUGGGAGAGGAAUAUGGGGAAGACGGCUGCGGUUGAGAAGUUUAAGGGCGCUAUCAUGCCGAGGUCGAGGAUGAAGAUGUGGAUGAUCCGAGCAACCACCACCGUUCUUCUGUGGACGUGUUUGGUGCAACUUACGGCGCUGAGGGAGUUGUGGGGGCCGAGGGUUUUCAAGGCCUGGCCUUCUUGCUUCACUCCUUCGGAUCCUGUGGGUAUCUUCGAGUCCUCCUCCAUUGUUGCUCGGAAGAUUGUUCUUCCUCCCAAGAGAAUCUAUAAGAACAAUGGGUACUUGAUUGUUUCUUGCAAUGGUGGACUAAAUCAAAUGCGAGCUGCAAUAUGUGAUAUGGCAGCUAUUGCAAGAUACUUGAAUGUGACCCUCAUUGUACCAGAGUUGGAUAAAACAUCGUUCUGGAAUGAUCCGAGUGAGUUUGAAGACAUAUUUGAUGUAGACCAUUUUAUUACUUCAUUGAGGGAUGAAGUGAGGAUAUUGAAAGAGCUCCCACCAAGAUUGAAACUAAGAGUGGAGUUGGGGUUGUAUUAUUCCAUGCCACCUAUUAGCUGGUCUGAUCUUUCUUAUUACAAAAAUCAGCAGAUUCUGCCGUUGAUACAGAAGCACAAGAUCUUGCAUUUGAAUAGAACUGAUGCCAGGCUUGCUAAUAACGGAUUGCCUGCGAAGAUACAGAAACUUCGCUGCAGGGUGAAUUAUUCUGCUCUUAGAUUUACUCCUCAGAUUGAGGAAUUGGGCAGGAGAGUGAUCAGCUUGCUUCAAAGAAAUGGCCCUUUUCUAGUCCUCCACCUCCGAUACGAAAUGGACAUGUUGGCAUUUUCAGGCUGUACUCAUGGCUGCACCGAUGGCGAAGUCAACGAGCUGACACGAAUGAGAUAUGCAUACCCUUGGUGGAAGGAAAAAAUAAUAAACUCUAGCCUGAAAAGGAAGGAUGGUCUCUGCCCUUUGACACCAGAAGAGACUGCUCUUGUGUUGAAAGCAUUGGAUAUUGAUGGCAGUACCACUAUAUACAUUGCUGCUGGAGAAAUAUAUGGUGGAUCCAGAAGAAUGGCUGCUUUAAAUGCGGCUUAUCCGAAUGUGGUGAGAAAGGAGACACUGUUGGAACCCUCUGAUCUUAGGUUCUUCCAGAAUCACUCUUCACAGAUGGCUGCAUUAGAUUAUCUGGUAUCAUUGGAGAGCGACAUAUUUGUUCCUACAUAUGAUGGCAACAUGGCUAAGGUUGUUGAAGGUCAUCGCAGAUACUUGGGCUACAGGAAGACCUUCCUGUUGGACCGUAAACUUCUUGUCGAGCUGAUCGAUCGGUACAACAAUGGAUCAAUGGAUUGGAAUGAAUUCUCUACGUCGGUGAAGGCUACUCAUGCGAAUCGCACGGGAAAACCUGGAAGAAGAUCACUAGUUCCUGAUCAUCCCAAGGAAGAGGACUACUUCUAUGCCAACCCAGAAGAAUGCCUUCCAUCACUUCAGUAGAAUGACCUUCAAACUGCCCAAUGAUUCCAGCUUGUACCUUUGAAUUCCUGCCGCAUUUUCCAUGGGUUCCCUGUGAGAUAUACAGCAUCAACAAGUUCGAGGCCCCUCGGCACAUCGGUGGUCAGUUUUGCGAGGAAGCUGGUACAUAUGAUACAUAUCUGUGAGGAAGAUGUUGAUGUAGGCUAGCUCUAUCUAUACUUCGCAAAUAAUAGAUUGAAUUCUUGUAUAGAAUGUUGUUGAGAGUCGAGGAGAAUAAGGGGGUAGUUCAUCUAACCAUUGUAGCAGUUGAAGGCUAUGCAGAAUGUAGUUUGUGUGAGAUUAGCACAGAAGGUUAGUUCCCACAUCAAAUUCAAAGCCAUCAUACUAUAAUACAUUCCUUCUUUGUAUGUUUCAACAUAUUUCAGUCAAAUUCGAUACUCUUUACCAUA